AGUCUUGCACAUGUGUACCGGCUCCUCCCCUUCAGUCUUGCACAGGUGUACCAGCUCCUCCCCUUCAGUCUUGCACAGGUGUACCGGCUCCUCCCCUUCAGUCUUGCACAGGUGUACCAGCUCCUCCCCUUCAGUCUUGCACAGGUGUACCGGCUCCUCCCUUUCAGUCUUGCACAGCACAGGUGUACCGGCUCCUCCCCUCCAGUCUUGCACAGGUGUACCGGCUCCUCCCCUUCAGUUUUGCACAGGUGUACUGGCUCCUCCCCUCCAGUCUUGCACAGGUGUACCGGCUCCUCCCUUUCACUCUUGCACAGGUGUACCGGCUCCUCCCCUUCAGUCUUGCACAGGUGUACCGGCUCCUCCCCUUCAGUCUUGCACAGGUCUACCGGCUCCUCCCCUUCAAUCUUGCACAGGUGUACCGGCUCCUCCCCUUCAGUCUUGCACAGGUGUACCGGCUCCUCCCCUUCAGUCUUGCACAGGUGUACUGGCUCCUCCCCCUCAGUCUUGCACAGGUGUACUGGCUCCUCCCCUUCAGUCUUGUACAGGUGUACUGGCUCCUCCCCCUCAGUCUUGCACAGGGUGUACC